AUGGCUGCACCAGUCCCCCCGGCUCCACCACUUGGACUAUUUGUACCAGCACCCCCGGUCGUGUUUCCUCCAGGCCCUCCACAGAUGCGCGCAAGGCUUCAAUGGGUGGACCCUUGCCCAUUCCUCCAAGAAACCCGCACUGCAAAUAAUUCUUAUCUGUACGCUCCACGACUCAAGGCGCCGAAAGGAAAUCUAUUGGAAUCCAUAUUCCACGACCUGAGCUCUACUGAAGAGUUUCCGCACAAACUAAUGGACGGCGUGCCAUUGGCAUUGAAUGCUGCAAACUGCGCACAACCGACAGUCCAAACUCAGUGUUGGGCUUAUUGCUGGGGUAUCAUUGAUGUGCUGGAUGUGGUAACCGUCAAUGCUCCUCCAGGUUCGCGCCCUUGGACCAGGAGGCUCAAUGUCGACUUGAACUCCUUGUGGACACCAGCAGCAGUGCAACCCAAUCGAGCAAUAGGAGGACUCCCCCGGUAUCGCUUCAUAUAUUUUAUACACCGACACCGGCAUCCCAGCGGCGAUGAUCGGAUGGCCACAUAUUCCCUGACUGUAUACGAUCGCGAGUUUCAGACCACCGAGUGGCACGACACCGGAUACGGCGACCCUGUUGACCGUGCGCGGCGUAUAACGCAGGCAGGCAACUUCUGGGCAAGUGCAACAAUCAACCUCAUGCAGGGUGGAUGCCCAGGUAUAGGCGCCCUCGGAGCCUUUCAUGCCGGCCGUAGUUCCUACCGGAGAUUAUACCACAAUGCUCACAACAAUGACCCGCUAGAAAACGCGAGGCGCACACUUCUUAUGUGCAUGGCAUGGGGCGUAGAUCUUGCGCGGAGGGCAAACCAAGUGAUUCCUGUCGCCCCUGUUUUGGGCACUCUCGGUGAUACGAUAGAAGACGCCUCGGGUUUCAACGGCCUCGAUACUUUGUUUGCAGUUUUGUUUGGCAUCCUACACGGCAAUGCACACGACGGUGUUCAAUUCAAGGGCGCCUGGAACUUCACUGGUACGCCUGCCACUCUUCAGGCCGCUGGCUAUGGAGCUAGAGUUGCUGCGUGCGAGACAUGGAGAAACAGGAUUAAUGCAGCACUUGUCGGCAGUCCGCUCACCCCAAGGGUGGCAGCAGGAGCUCUCACCUGGCAACAAGCAUUAACAUCGUAA